AUGGACACACAAAGAAGCAAGACCGAGGUCAGCGCCGUAAGAGACUGGAUUAGAGUGCUGAAAGAGGUGGGGUAUUUGGCCGCCGCAAACCUCGUCCUCCUUCGUACCGUCGAGCGGAUCGCCGCAGCGCAGCCACCGGGCCUUCUCCUCUUCGAUCACGCCGGGAAGCGUUGUCACAUUGAGCGCCUUUGCUAUGUCAACUUUGCGGCGGCGCGCCCGAGACAGCCAAAGAAGCAGCAAUACGCAGCAAACGACAUGAGUUAUUGGAAGCAGUCUCAACACCUCUCCUUUGAGCCUGACAACGAGCUCAAAGCGCCGUCGUCGGGGACAACACAACUUGCUUACUCUGCACUCAGCGGACCAGUGGCCGCUUGCUUUCACAGAACGCCGUAA